CACAAAGAGAAGCCCUUUCUCUGCAUUUUCACAGAUAUUCAGAACCGAUCCGGUUCGGCUGGAGGGUGGGAUUAGCUUUAGCUUUAGCAUGACAGCAGGGAUGCGCUGAUUCUGACCCGUUUCAUCAUCUUUCCUCAGGCUAGCGGAUGUUCCGGCCGUCUCCAUGGAUUUUCCUCAGAUGACACGUCGGUUCACUGCUCGGGGACUUGGGGCAUGGUGACUGCUGUCCAUCAGUCAGAGCAGCGGCGUCUAGCAGGGGCCGUCUGGACCUGAAGGAAGACCUCCGAAACAGGACGAGGGAGACGAAUACGAGAACGAGAGCGACAUGGGUCAGUGUGUGACUAAAUGUAAAAACCCCACGUCCUCUCUGGGCAGUAAAAGCGAUAAGGAUGCUGGGAAAUCUCACGGUAAGAAAGGCGGCAGCACCGGUGGCGCGAACAAGGAUGAAGUGGCCAAGUCCUCUGCCGACGUCAUAUUCAACGGCACCAAAGUGUCCGAGGUCACCGUGGAGGGCAGCACGGCUCCGGCCAUCUCGGCAGGGGACUUGCGGCGGGAACAGCCCUUGCAGGAAGGGGAAGGAGUGUCGCUCGCUCGGAUCGACGAGAUGUUCUUGUGUUAUAAGGACGAGCAUGAGGAUGCCAUCCUGGAGGAGGGUAUGGAGCGCUUCUGCAACGAUCUGUGCGUCGAUCCGGCCGAGUUCAAAGUUCUGGUGUUGGCGUGGAAGUUCCAGGCUGCUACCAUGUGCAAGUUUACAAGGAGGGAGUUCGUGGACGGCUGUAAGGCGAUCCAGGCCGACAGUAUCCCGGGGAUCUGCUCUCGGUUCUCUGUGCUGCUAGAGGAGUCUCGUGGAGAGGAGAGUUUCAAAGACCUGUACCGUUUCACCUUCCAGUUCGGGCUGGACGCCGAGCAGGGCCAGCGCUCGCUGCAGCGCUCCAUCGCCAUCGCUCUGUGGCGACUCGUCUUCACGCUGGACACGCCUCCGGUGCUGGAGCGCUGGCUGGACUUCCUGUCGGAGAACCCGUGCGGCGUGCGCGGCAUCUCGCGCGACACCUGGAACAUGUUUCUGAACUUCACGCAGAGCAUCGGGCAGGACCUCAGCAACUACAGCGAGGACGAGGCCUGGCCCAGCCUGUUCGACUCGUUCGUGGAGUGGGAGACGGAAAGACGGCGGAGGGAACGAGCGGACGGUGGCGCGGAGACGGAGCCCGCCGCAGACUGUGAGGCCGCGUCGAUGUGGCCGGGACCUUGAGGGCGGACGCUUUUGGGAUGUUGGCGUGCGGAGGUGUUUCUGAGCCCGUCACUCUCCAUCCGGAUUCUAGAUAUUGUUCUGAAUUUUUUUGGUCUUAUUGCAUUGGGCAUCCCAGUGCGCUCUCUGACUUUUGUUUUGAUGAAAGGGCUCCAAAUGAAUUGUUUUUUUUAAGCACUUUUAUUUAAGUUAUUGCUAUUGUUCAUUUAAUUUGUUUUAACAUUCACAUUUCAUCCAGAGCGGUUUCUUCUCGCGAAUAUUUUGGGAUUCACCUACACGCCAAAGAAAAGGGAAUUCUGUCAGCUGCCUACCGAGUUUGAGCGCGCGCACACACACACACACACACACACGUAUUUAUGCACUAAAGAAACCCACACAUGCAUACGCCAGCAUAAAUGCUGUGUUUAACGGUUAUAUUUGGGUUUCUUUUGACCGAGGAGUGUGUGUGGUGGUAAUACUGGUCAUGUUUAACAUCAGACUGCGGUGAUGGAUGUACUGAAGCCCUCAACCUCAUUUCUCAUGUGCUUCCCUGCUCUUGUUUUGUUCUUAUCAUUUUGAUGCAUUCAUUCAUUCUGCUAUUCGCAACGGUCAGUGUGUGUGUGUGUGUGUGUGUGUGUGUGUGUGGGGAAAUAGAGAUUCAUUUGCAGUUGGAUGUCUGCUGUGAGCUUUUUCUUUUAUUUUACAGUUUACAUUGUUUUUUUUAAUUCAAAGUGAUUUCAUUUCAGUCUUUUGUGUCUGGUUUUAUAUAAAUGAUACAAUUUAUAAUGAAUAAAAAUGUGUUGAACAUUG